CCCUCACGCGGCCGUUGCCCCAUGGAGGGGGCUCAGGGCGGGCAGGCCGGGAGGGAGGCAAAAUGGCGGCGGGGAGCACGCUGCGAGCGGGGCUCCCUUCCCCUCCCUUUAGGCACCCGCAGCUCGGCCCCCGGGCCUUGUAACGCCCCGUAAAGGAAACUGGCGUUAGCUGGAGCUCUGCUGUGAUGCAAGAUACAUCAAUUUCUUUGUUGCUUUGGAUAUUUGAAUUGGCGAAAGAAAAGCUUGCUUUGUAUGAAAUAGCCAUCACGUUUUAAGAUACGAGUCAGUAAACCCAACCAAUAACUAAUGUCAUCAGAAACGCCAACGGAAAGUCCAGAGGUGCCAACAGAAAACACCAUGCCCCCCGACGUUCCUGAUGUGGAAGGAAAGGCGAAGUCUAGUGACAGUCAAGCAGACAGACAGGUGGAAGGCUCAGAUGAGGUAGAAUGUCUCGAGUCCCUGUCCAAGAGGCAAAGGAAGAAACUACUGAAGCAGAAACAGUGGGAAGAACAGAAGGAUCUACGUAGGCAGAAACGAAAAGAAAAACGUCAGAAGAGAAAAUUAGAACGUCAGUCAAAACUGGACUCCAAUAGUGAAGGGAAUGGCAGAAAGCGUAUGCGAAGGGAAGUUGUUCCCAGUACCCUUCGCCUCAUUGUGGACUGCAGCUUCGAUGACUUAAUGGUGCUAAAGGAUGUUAAGAAGCUUCACAAGCAAAUUCAGAGAUGUUACGCAGAAAACCGCAAAGCAUUCCAUCCUGUGCAGUUUUACUUGACCAGCCAUGGCGGACAGCUGAAGAGCAACAUGAAUGAAAACGACAAAGGAUGGGUGAACUGGAAGGAUAUCCAAAUUAGAACAGAGCAUUACAGUGAGCUAAUAAAGAAAGAAGACCUUGUAUAUCUUACCUCAGAUUCCCCAGAUGUUCUCAGCGACCUUGAUGAGAAGAAAGCCUAUGUGAUUGGAGGCCUGGUGGAUCACAAUCACCACAAGGGAAUUACUUACAAAAAAGCUGUAGAGCAGGGAAUUGGUCAUGCACAGCUCCCCCUUGGAAACUUUGUGAAGAUGAACAGUCGGAAAGUUUUAGCAGUCAAUCACGUGUUUGAAAUCAUCCUUGCAUACCUGGAGAAGAGAGACUGGAAGGAGGCCUUUUUCAGCGUCCUGCCACAGCGGAAAGGGGCUGUUCCUCUGGGAGAAGCCAACGAUUCAUCCACACGUGCUCUGUCUGAAAAAGAAGGUGAAGACAACGACUCUGACAGCAACUAGCCUUCAGAGUGAGAAGAUGAGACGUGCAGUUCACGGGACGAUGGUGGGACGUGGAGUAAACUCUGAAGAUCUCCUGCUGCCCCUGUGAUACUGAAUUGUCUCAGUGCUCAGUAGUUGGCUUAGAGCUGUUCCUGGACAGAAAGGGUAGAGACACGUGCGGUUCUUACCCUGAAACUUCCAUCUUAAGAGCUUUAAAAAAAAUAAAUGAAUGGCAAAUGCAGAAUUUAUUUUGUUUCCCAAGGAAGCUAUUUUAUUUAUUUCCAUUUUACGGUUUGUUUGUUUUUAUACUUCCAAAGUUGGGUGUAUUACCCAAAAGAACAAGUAAUUACUAUUUUAAUGUGUGCACUCUUCUCCAUAUCAAUGCUAAGGUUUCCUAAAUGCAGUGCAUGACAAGUAUUCCUGUGACCUCAAAACCUGUACCACUAGUGCCUGUUGCGAAGUGUGCAUGAAUGUUAAGAAAAAAUCAAGUUCUAAUUUUCCUGAGCAUCUCAACAGAUGAUCACAAGCAAUGGAGCUGCCUUUGUCUGCUGGGCUGCUCUCAUUUAUACCUCUGCAUCUAGUUAGUUGGGGUCAGAAGAUGAAACACGAGUUGGGGGUUAAGCCAGUGGUUAAUGCUUCAGUUUGAGUGGGCUGGAUGUCUGCACUAGUGCUGAUCGUGUACCUUGGUUGGCACUCAGUGCAUGAUGAGUUGAGGUGACAUGAUUGCUUUUAGUGAUUUAUUGAUGAUCUUAGCAAAAUUUAACCUGCAGUGUCAGAAUAUACCGGGCAUCAGGAACUCCUAGUUACAAGUCCUUGCUCUUCAGUUUCAGUGUUACCUGAUCUGUCCCACGAUUGUGUAUUAACUGGAGUGUCUGUCAAAUAUUUUUUCUUUAAAAAAUAAAAAGUCACAGGUUGUCUUAA